AUGACCAUCACAAUCUCCGAACGAGCUGCGAAGCGCUUAAAACAGAUCACAUCAGCGCCACCCCAGAAGAAUACAUUAACGUCGAGUCCUGCGUCAUCUCAGGAGGCGCAUCUACGAGUCACCGUCACGAGCGGCGGAUGUCAUGGUUUCCAGUACCUCAUGUCUCUCGAGGACGCAUCCAAGAUUGACAAAGAAGAGGACACAAUAUUUGAAUACACUCCGUCGGAGGGGGAGUCAACCAGCUCCGGGGACAACUCGGGCAGAGCAGAGGUUGUUAUGGACUCGGCAUCACUAGAGUUGCUGAAAGGCAGCACUAUUGAUUUCACGCAGGCAUUGAUCGGGAGCCAAUUCAAAGUGGUGGGGAAUCCAAGAGCGACGAGUAGUUGUGGAUGUGGAACGAGUUUCGACGUUGAAUGA